GUGAGGUGUAUAGGCGAGUGCUGAGUGGUCAUGAAUAUCAGUAUCUGGUAAGGCCCCCCCACUGCCUGAUUCAGGUGAAUACUAAUAAUGUAGUACAACAGGAGCCUGUGGACAGCUGUUGUGUUAUACACAGGGCUUAUGGAUCAGGAGGCCUGUGGAGUAAGUUCUCUGUCUCUCUAUGACUGUGUCUCUCUCACAGGGCCAGCAGUGUGCCUGCCUGCCUGCCUGCCAGUCAGAGGGCUACACACACAGAAGCCCUAUCUCAUUACGCAGGCUACAGCUGCCUUACAGUUUCUUCAUACAGAAUUUAACUGUGCACAGAUUUGAACUCCUUGGCCUGUCUGCUACUUAAAAACACUGCAGGCGGGUGAGGACAACUUCCUGCGGGCCUGGAGAGAAUUCGGUGAGGAUAAAGCCGGAGAUCUGCGUGAUAUGUAUAUGUGUAUUCACUCUUGCUCUGUUCUACAGAGCAGUUGGGCACAGAGUGAGCAGGAUUCUGAUAGAGAUUUAUUUGUGAAGUGACAAGCGGGGAUAAUCAAGGACAAGCUUGAUGUGUCAUAUACGGUGGCUGUACCCCGUUUUCUGCAGGGAAAUACCCUAUGAUUAGAGGAGACUCGGAUGACUCGGACUUGGAGUAUGGGGAUCAUGGCACGCUCAAGCCAGCGGCAAGUGAUUCGAGUAGUCCAGACACGGACAAGGAUUUUGAUCCGUCGGCGGAGAUGCUAGUGCAUGACUUUGAUGAUGAGAAAACUUUGGAAGAAGAGGAAGCUCUGAGUGGUGACAGCUGCAGCAAUGAGUUGGAUGACUUGGAAAAGGAGGGUGAGAUGCCCAUUGAGGAGCUGCUGGCAAUGUACCGUGAUGGUAACAAUCCUCAGGACACGCGUUCCAGCAGUGAAGAGGAGAUCCUGAGCAACCAGGAUUUGACGCUGGACAAGGAGGAGAUCGCCCGUGACCUGCUGCAGAACAGCGAUGAUAUGGAUGACCAGGAGACCAGUGUCACCGACCUCCUGGACAGUGUGGAGCCCUCACACACAGCCAGGCUACUCAGAGUUAGAUCUAAAGAGACAAAUCCUGAUGAGAGUUCAGAUGAUGAUUCAGAGGACGGAGAUUAUCAACCCCUGGAAGAUGACUGGAAAAAAGUGAUUCAGGUUGGCUCAGACUAUCAGGCUAUGGUGCCUGAUGGCCUCAGUAGAUAUGGAGAUGCUCCAGCAUAUGAAAAUGAGGAUAGGUUGUUGUGGGACCCUAGCAAAAUGGAGAAUUCUAUGGUGGAGAAGUAUUUAGGUGAAUUCCAUGCUCACAACAUGCAGCAGGCUGGUGGAGUCAAUGCUAUACCUCAAGGAACUCAUGUCCGAGAUGAUGAACAGGCAUUGUACAUGUUGCUACAGUGUGGUCACAAUGUUGAAGAGGCUAUCAGGAGGAGAAAAAUGCAAGCAGUUCCUCCAACAGAUCCAAUGAGUUUAUGGUCAGAAGAGGAAUGUCGGAAUUUUGAAAAUGGUUUGAGGACCUACGGAAAAGACUUUUAUUUAAUUCAACAAAAUAAGGUGCGGACACGGUCAGUUGGGGAGUUGGUACAGUUUUAUUAUUUAUGGAAGAAGACAGAACGACAUGAUGCAUUUGCCAGUAAAACAAGGCUAGAAAAGCGCAAAUAUGUUUUGCAUCCUGGAGUCACGGAUUACAUGGACCGGUUUUUAGAUGACCUCGGUAGUCCAACUCCUGUGCGAGAUCGAUCGACCAGCCCUAGUCUCAACUCUCUCAUCUAUACUGACCAAAAAUUUCACCAUCACCACCAGCUGAAACCUGUGAGUGUGGAAGCAGAUAGCAGUUCAUUCAGCUCAGCUGCACACGCAAAAGGCACUUCAGUGGAGGCCAGCUCAGAACAAGGGGCAGGAACGGCAACUUCAGCAACAACAACGACGUCGACACUAACGCAUUCUACGCCAACCGUCGCUACCUCUGCCCAGCAGGUGCUGACUGCGGCUUCCACAGUGUCCAGCAGCAGUGACUGCAGAGUGAAGGGCGAGGGUGAUCGGAAGAGAGAUUCCCCAGCGUUCUGUCUCAGUGCUACUGUCAGGGAUAAGGCUGCAGACGAUGCAGAUGAUGAGGACGAAGGUGAAGAGGACAGUGUGGUUAAAGAACCAGUGGUGAAAAAAUUAAAAAAGGACUUUGAUACAGUCCGAGACACUAACUGUGAAAAAUCCAUAUCGAACUCAAACCAUAUAGAAGGUGUAAUACCUGUAACAACAGUACGAGCUGUUCACUCCAUAGAUGACUCUGUAAAUAUGAACGCCAUGGCCACGGAGCCAGUCCAUAUGUCCCAUCAGCAGUCAGAGUCUGUGGCUCAGUAGUGAAGUCCAGGCAAGAGUUGUCUCCUCUUGUCUGGAGUUAUCUUCUCCUUUUUUGGGGGAGGGUUUAAAUAUCGUGGCAAGCUACUUCACCAGUGUGCAAUAUUUGGAAUAUAUUCCAGGAGGUGUGUUCAUCGUGAGUGUGCUCAGUGCGUAGCAGCUGGAUACCUCUGUCAUCGCACAUCUCAGCAUAGAUGCACAACGUCGUCAUGUCCAAGGAAAAUCGCUACCUUGAGAUUCAUUUUUCUUGUGAAUGAUGUGUACUAUACUGAACUACACCUUGUUGUAAUAAUGGCAGGUUGAUUUAAUGAUUCAAUGGUGUACUGAUUCACCAUUAGGACUUUCUAGCAGAGCCUAUUCUCAUGAAUGUGUCCUUAUUUUAUUAGAACAUGACCAGUUUUAUAACCAUAAAUUCACGAACAGAUUCACUCUCCUGCAAUUUAUGUCUGUUUUAAACAGAAGUAAAUUGUCACUGUAUUCACUUGCAUGGUAAUAUGAACAGAUAUAAUGUGAUUCUGGCAUUAUCACAUUAUCACAGGCAGAUCAGCUGAUCAGUAUGACUGAAGUCUACCAUUCGGCUUCUUUCUGUUGCAUAAUAUCAAAGACAAGUGAUCUGCUUCUAAGUGAAUUAUGUUGUCAGUUGCAGUACCAUUAUACUUCUAAGUGAAUUAUGCUGUCAGUUGCAGUACCAUUAUACUUCUAACUGAAUUACGCUGUGUCACAUUUACAUGGAUCAGCAUCUAACUGAACUACAUCUAUAGGAUAAUGCUGUGAGUUACAGUACAAUUAUUGUCUAACUGAUGUACUACAUCGCCUACACAGUAUGGUUGGUAUUAGUGAUUGAGAAGUGCUAUUCCCUGAAGUACAUUUUGAUGGUUCUAAAGAUCAUAGUUAACAGUCAUAAACUUGCCGAAAUUAUGAAACUUGUGGUAGGUAUUUAUCACCUUAUAUUGAGGGAGCCGCUUCAUCCAUACUCAUCUGUGACUGACUUUUGGAACAUUUGGUGCUCGAUACUCAUGUUAAGUUUUUCACUCAUCAUAUGCCUGGUCUGCUUUUCUAUACAGAGAAGUGUGGCUUCAAAGUCAUGAAUGCUUUUGUGUGGUGGAGCUUUGCCUGCUUUUGUGUGGUGGAAGCGAUUGACUUGUCAGCUAGCAAUGCCUGUACUGUAAAAGUGAAAAGAUUUACAGAUCAGCACUGGCUGGUGCAUAAAAUACGUGUAUAUAGGCUUCCAUAGUGUGCCAAGUGUAGUUGUAAACUCCAGGUUUCCCACUUGAGCUGAAGUCAUUGUAGAGUGCGAUGCUCAUCUUUGUUCAGCUAUUAAAAUCAUUUCUGGGGGUAAAUAUGAAAUUCAUUCGCUGCUGAGAACACGAAGAAAAGGAAGAGAAAAACAAAUACACUGAUAUUUAUCAGUCUUGUUGUCUGCUGCUACUGGUGACUCGGACAAGGACCCAUUGAGCCCAUUUAUAUUAAUCCCUUGGAGAGCCUCUCAUCUUGGCAAGCUAACAUUCAACAAACAAGCUAGUUUUGUUGUGUCAAAAUCAUGCAGUUAAGGGAACGGUUAUGUAUCUCAGAGCCACCGUCUUUUUUUUUCUUGAACUAUUAUAAUGGCAAUGUGUUGAAAACUGCUAUUCCAGUGUUGAGCCCAAGAGUGCUAUUCCUGAUUUUUCAGUACAUCACCAUUUUCAACAUUUUCAACAUUUGACUGUAAAUAAUGUCAUCUUAGCAAUUCGAUAUGGUCACUGUAAUUAUCUGUCUCAAUGGUACAACAUAUGGGUACAGUAGCUCAUUGUCCGUUUUAAUAACUGCCAACAGCUUGAAUUCAUAAAUUAUAUUCAUCAAUCAAAUUUGUGGUGUGUCUAAAUGAUCUCACUUGAAGAUGUUCAGAAAACUUUCCUCGUUACCUUGGUGUGCAAGAAAUGUAGACGUGGGAUCAUGUAUUUGAAGAAUGAAUGAAUGAUAUAAUUUCAAAGUCAUUGAAUUUAUCCUUUAUUUGAGGACCCAGAAUUGUACUUAUGUUGGUUUAAUUCAUUUAUAAAUUCAGAAUUAAUUCACUUUUGACCGUACUUAUCUUGCAUCAUAUCACAUGUCACAAUGUAAUACUUCACAUUAUCAUCUUGAGAACAUACAAAUACAUAUACUAAUACAGUUGACUUCAUCUUGAUCCCUUUUUCAGUUCCCCAGUCAUUUUUUUUUUCCUCACUCAUUUGGCUUACUUGGGGAAGUCUAAUAUUUUUGUAUAUUUUUUGGAAUACUCAGCUGAUUAAUUUUUUUUCUUUAAUUUUGUUUAUAGAAUGUAUGGUACCUCCAGUUCUUGUUUGGUGAGGAAUAUGUUUGUUGCAAGCAGCCUUGUAGAGCGAGUACAUGCAGGUGUGGAAGAAGUAAGACUACGCAACACUUACUUUGUGAUCAUGUACAUUGUUCUUACGGACAAUUUGUCUACUCUGGUAUACAUGUAGAUAGUGAAUGUUACAGAGGAUGCAUCGCUUUAUUUAAGAUCCCAAUAUUUGGGACAAGCCCACCCUCUUGUUAAUGACCCAAACUCCCCAACAAAGACUGUUAUUGAUCAGUUGGUUGUCUUAUGAAACGUUAUGUACAUAGUAUGUAGACUAGGUAAAAGUUGAUCAGAUGGUAGCCCUUUGUUGAUCAGAUGGUAGCCCCUUUGUUGAGCAGACAGUAGCCCAUGUUGAUCAAGCGUUAGGCUUUUAGCCGUGUGUUGAUCAAACGGUAGCCCUGUGUUGAUCAGAUGGUAGCCCUGUGUUGAUCAAUUGGUAGCCGGGAUCAUACGGUAGUCCUGUGUUGAUCAUAGACUGAGCCCUCAGUGUACAGUUCAACAAUUCUUUUUGACAUAAUCGUGUUCUGAGGUCAGACUUAUUCAUGUACAGUCAUCUAUGAUAGUUUUAUGUAAAUAGUGCUUCAGUUUAUCGAUAUUUUGUUAUAUUUUUCAAAUAAUAAUAAGA